GCCCACGACGUGGUCGCGCAGGGCGUCCUCCCCGAGCACGUUCAGCACGCCCGGGAAGACCCCCAGCCCCAAACAGCACCACGUUCUCCACGCCAGGGACGACCCCAAGCACCUCAACCCCAUCCCCAGCCCCCGCCCCGAGAUCUCCGCCCCCGCCGGCUACGCGAUUGGAACUGAACUUCAAGUGACAGGUGAAAUGGAGGCUCCGCAAAGCAAUCUUUUAAUCCUGAGCUGAAUAAUUACGUCCAAAGAUAGGUUCCAUCGAGGAAUUGAGAACCUGAUGUACCACAUUGUGUGCAAUACCAUUUAGCAUCCUGGAUAUAUGAUAAACAGAUGGCUGCAACUGAAUGGAGAUGGAGAAAAAUUCUGCUAGCGAGCGCCUGACUGUCCAAUGUACAUCGUCAGAGUCGAGUCUUCUACUUGCAGCAGCUUUGGCUAGAGGCAAACACUCAGUGAGAAAAGUGGCUUGCUUGAGCUGAAAUAUCCGUGCUGACUGAAGAAAGGAAUUAAUAAUAGGAGUCGAUGCCUAAAUCUGAAUCUGCUGUCCAAAUUUUCCAUCUGGAAUAUCUAUAAACUCAGAGAGCCAAUGAGCAUGGACAUGGUGAUCAACAUCCCGAGAGCGAGCAAAUGCUUUUAAACAAUGAGGAAGCAAUGCUAAAGCAAGAUGCCGAGGAGCAGGUGGAGAAUGAGCAGUUGCUACCUCAUCCUGCUACAGACGUUAAUCACCGGAUUAAGGAGGAGCAAAUGCUUCUAGAUGAUGUUACAGUUGUGCAUGACUUGGAUUAUUGUGAUCUGAAUAGAUCCGACGGUGUUUGUUGUUUUUGUUGAUAUAGGCCAAGGCAAAUGACUACCGUUCUAGGAUCUCUGGCAGCUAGGAGGACGCAAGAUGCUGAUGGCAGCAGCAGCCUCAACUAUAAUAGGAAAAAGAAGCGAAGAAAGAAUAAUUUUCCAUCUAAUGCUGACUUGAAUGGGAAAGAAAUAUUUGAUGAUAAUGUCACUAAUGUUGACAGGCAAUCGGUUCCAUCUGAUGUAUUUGGCAAAGUAGACAUCCAAGAGGAAGCUAAAACUCUAGAUAUAGGUGAUCGGGACAAUAUCAGUGCAGAAGUUACAGAUACUGUUGGUCAGAAUCAACCUUGUUAUUAUGUGAAGCUUUCUUUCCCUGAUGCAGUUUUUUCGAUUUUGAGAAGUUGAGGGAUGCUAAUCUGUUUGCAAUUGGUCAGAUCUGGGCCCUUUUUGAUAACCUUGAUGGCAUGCCAAGAUAUUAUGCUAAAAUAAAAGGUUUUGAUGCCUCCAACUUUAAAGUUCAUCUCACUUGGCUGGAGCGCAUUGCAAUGAAUGAAGCAGAGGAGAAAUGGUCUGAUGAAGAACUGCCCGUUGCUUGUGCAAGCUUUAGCUUAGGAACAACAGAUAUAUCGCAAGACAGACUCAUGUUUUUAAAUAUUGUUUCAUGGAAGGCAAACGGAGGAAAUAUGAAGUACAUCCCAGUAAGGGUGUGGUAUAGGCUCUUUAUAAGGGAUAGAACAUGCAGUGGGGACCAGAUGCAGAUAAUCAUAGAUCCUAUGAAUAUGAAGUCGUGAAAGUCCUGUCAAUUUUUUCAGUUAGUGCUGGCGUUACUGUUGUCCCAUUAGUCAGGAUUGAAGGCUUUGUCAGUUUAUUUGCGACCGUUAAGGAGAAAUCUGACAUUGUGGUGGCACCAAGUGAGCUACUUCCUUUUUCUCACCGUGUUCCGUUUUAUAGGACAAAUGGGAAUGAAAAAGUGGCAACAGCAAUGCCAAGGUGUUGUCAUGCCACGUUCCCUUUGUGUUUAAUCUGCUGCACUGCUACUGGACGGGAACAUUUUUUCAUUAGAGUCUAGACGGUGGCGUGGAUAACUGUCGGGGCAAAAAUUUCGAUUAUUCUGCACUACUUCGGCACCAAGGUGUUUCCUUUCCUAUGUGAAACUGACAAUCGCGAGUGCUUGAAAAAUUCGACAGGUGAUCCUCACACCGACGCAUCUUGCAAUUGUGAUGGAGUACGCGGCCGGCGGCGAGCUCUUUGAUCGAAUAGUUGAUCGUGGGCGGUUCAGCGAGGACGAGGCCACAUAUUUCUUCCAGCAGCUGAUCUGCGGCGUAAGCUACUGCCAUCACAUGCAAAUAUGCCAUAGGAAUUUGAAGCUAGAGAAUGUUCUCUUGGAUGGCAGCCCAGCUCCGCGGUUCAAGAUAUGCGAUUUUGGGUACUCCAAGUCAUCGGUACUACAUUCAAGGCCCAAGUCUGCAGUGGGUACACCAGCAUACAUUGCACUGGACGUUCUUUGUCGCCAGGAAUAUGAUGGGAAGGAAGUUGAAUCUAACAGCCCACAGUUUUGUUUCUUGAUUAUGGAAGUUGAAUUCGAUUCAACAUUAAUAUCAAUGUGAGGAAGGGACUUGGAUCAUGGACGAUGGCUGUUUUGGGAAUAGGAAGGCCGUGGCGGAGGAAAAGAAGGUCUUGCCGGAGGGGUUCCGGCUGGAGAGGCAUGUAACGGAGGAGUUGAAUAUUGCGUAUGCAUACCAUGAAUUUACCAGCCUGGAGAAUGGAGAGAUCUUCAAAUGGUUCGAUUCCCAUAUGGAUCACAAGAUUUGAAGGCGCAUCAUUUCUAGAUGGCCAGCUUGAUGUCGGAUUCAUGGAGUGUUGCUGGUUUUGAGAGGAUGCACCAUUAUGAUUCAUCGGAGGUGGACAGAAAGCAGUAUAUUCUUAUCUUCAAAGCUUAUAGUUUAACAUACCCAAUUAUGAAAUACGAUCUCUCAUAGUGUCAUGAUUUCCUUUGCUAUUGUGUUCACUGCCGUAUUGGUGUCACACGCAAAUGGCUGAACUGCCCUCAUUGUUGUUACUGUUGUAACUCAUCCCACAGAAAUUAAAACUUUAAAAGAAACUCCUUCCGUCUAAAAAUAGAUGUCUAACAUUUAACAUUAUAAUUAACAUUUAUUAAAAUUAAUGCUGCAUAAUGGCAAAACAAGUAGGGUUUGUAUUUUUUUUCUAGCCCGGUGCAACGUACGGGCAUUUGUACUAGUAUAAAUAAAGGUUUAAUUGACGGAGAAGAGCACGGAGAUUGCAGGCAGGCUUGUAAUAGUAGAUCAGCAGCCGAGGGUGAAGCAGCAAAUAGAUCUGAAUUAAUCCAGGCCUUGUAGAAUCGGACUUCCAGCCAAGGGUGCUGUUUAAAUUAUGGAUCGCUGGGAACAAACAUAAGGAAACAUCGAUCCCAGCAGGGAGUCCUCCUAUUCAGCGCCAAGAUUUUUUUUUCUUUCAAACAAGAGCACGGAGAUUGCAGGCAGGCAGGCUUGUACAUCAAUAAUAAUGCUAAACAUACGGACAACUUGUUACAGACUUUUACAGAACGGCAACGUGUCCUAAUUUAAUUGCCCCCCUGAUUUUCACUAGUGGGGCCGCCACCCUUAAUCAAUUUUCCAACGAAUCAUAUCCACCGAGCCCGUAAACCCUCCAUAGACGUCCGUAUGUGUAGCAUUACUCCUUGUACAUCAGCAGCCGAGGGUGAAGCAUGCAGCAAAUAACUACGUACUACGCCUUGAUCUGAAUUACUCCAACAGAAACCACGGCUCGAGCUGGGAACAAACAUAAACAAAAGGGUGUGACUAUAUCACAUCUAGAUGUGAGAUAAUAUCUUACAUCUAAUAUGAUGUUCACUCCCUUUCUCUCGUUUUCAACUUCGUUACCUCGGGCCUAUUUUUUUGUGUGCUUCUUUGUUUUGGUUGAUAUUAGUUCGCGUCAGUACACUGUUAGUGUUAGGCUUAUACGAGUGCAACGCAGGUACGAGUGUGCAUAUAGUCUCUAUUAUUAAAGGGGAUCAACCGUCAUGAUGGUUGGACCACGACAGACCCCCUCCUACCGCUAGCCUUUCCAUCGAUUUUUUUGAUUUUUUUUCAACCCUCCAUAAACCAGGCGAUUAAUCUCUGCUAAAUCAACCGGUUCGACCUGUUAUGAUCCCCACCUUCCUCGUUCGAUGCCCGCAGCCCGCCUCUCUUCCACCACUCGUAAAAACAACCCAUCCUCCACGCGACCCCGUCUCCACUCGAAACAAAGAAAAACUGUCAAAGUACACACGUCCCACGUCUCGCCUCUCCCCAACCCCUCGCUCCCAUCUGUUCUCGUUGCCUUCGAUCCCGUAUGGAUCUAGGGGAGGAGGAGGAGCAUGACUCCGAUCUCGUAUGGAUCUAGGGGAGGAGGAUGUUCUUGCUGCAUGUGAUCCCAUAUGGAUCUAGGGGAGGAGGAUGCCUCCAAUCCUGUGUCUACCGCCCGCCGUGAAAGAGGGAGAGCUAGGAGAGAGGGAGGAGCGCAGCGACGGUGCGGGGCUAAUUGCCCACAAAGAAAGAGGCGGCCAUGGUUCCGGCGCAUGGUGCCGUGGUUGGGAGGCGAUGCUCCUCCCCCUCAGCAAAUCGCCAUGGAUCUUCCCUUCUCUCCCUCCCCGACUCAUGGUGGAUCUUGUGCUUCUAGAGCACUCAUCUUCCUUCCCUGGCCGCCAUGGAUCUCGACAACCGUCGCCGGAGGAAACCUAACAUCCCCAACCUCGGCGGGCUGGCCAACCGAUAGGCCUAGGUCCUCGCCAUGGCCCCCGAUCUGUCUGCGUGGAGGACGGACGAAGGCGACUGAGGCCUGAGUGUUCCGGCCAACUGACCAAGGGUUUCGUGCUCGACUCCGUGGACGCACCGGUCUUGACGCUAUUGCGUUUCCCUUGUCCUAGGACGCCACUUCUCAUGGGGGUGCAUCGGAUGUUGUACCAACGUCUGCCUCGCCGAACGACGGCAUGCCCCAUCGCUUCAUAUGUUGCUUGCCGUCACAUUCUGGACAAGGUUAAUAAACUACUGUUGAAGCUUCUCCUGUUCCUUAUUUUAUCUCUAUUUGUGUUGACAUAGCUCUAGAAUUUAUUUAUGCACAUGUAUGUGGCAAAUAACACGACCAAGUAGAUGCCUGUGUUUUUGUUGUUCAUGCUGGCGAUAAAUAUCCCUGGUAUUUAUUCAUGAAAUGUUUGCAAUUUCGUUG